GAUGUAAAGAAGCUUCCGAGGCGCUAGAAGUAUCUCGGAAAAGGUGUCAGAUAUUAGCUGCCUUGGACUUGAAGAGACCAUCCUAUAACGUUGAACCCUGGAAAUGCAAAGCGUGUCGCUUCAAGUACUCACAGUUCUCUCCUUAUCCUGGAAAUUCUUUCACAUGAAUCUCCAGCUGAAGGCCGGAGUAAGAGCUUCUAGAGAUACUAAGAUGAUGCAGCCUAUUUCAGCGGAAGAGGGUAGCACAAGUAGAGAGCAAAAUGUGCAGUGGAACAUAAGACUGAAAACCGAAGAAUGACGAGGAUAUAGGAGGGUAUAAGUUGAGCCCGCAAAUAUUAGACUAGCGUGGUAGUUCACAUGACCUUGGAGUGAAGAGAGCAGAGCAGUAGAUUGGAAGUUACCAACACAUCUACCUAGAAAUGACCCCCAAAAUGCCAACAACAUGGCCGAAUGCACGGAGCAGUGAAGAUGGCCGGCAUCUGUCAGCCAGCAUCACCUAAAUCUCCGGGGGAAACAAAGGCUGUCAAUCUAAUGAAUACCGAUCUUCGAAUAUCAACACGCCACAUGCUCAGCUAAGUGUGAUAACGUUCCCACGGAGUAUUCCAUUCACGACACCCGCCACGUACGACCAUGCAGGCGAGAUGGAACUAUUGACUACCUAAUGCACAAGCCAAAUCCCUCAUCCCACUGGGCGGUAAAUCCACAGGCCAUGUGGAAUCGAGGAAGGACCCGAGUGCUCCGAUGCAAGGCCAUCAAAUUUCGUCACGUCCGUCGGCUAAGAGUCCCACAUGGUGGAAGGCUUGCUCGUGAAUCCUUCCAUGACAGCAAGCAUACAUGGCACAAUCCCAUCCAGUCCAGCCGAGACCAUAUCACACUUAUCGACAGCCUUAGGCGGGGUAAUGGAACCACGACCACGCCAUUCUGGAAGCCCACCUCUCACAGAUGGAGGGUUAGCGCUGUGCAGAUGCAGGAAAUCAAUAGUUCCUGCAAGGUCUUAUCAGGUGGGGGCCAGCUGAGCGUGCACUGUAGACUUCGGCAUUCUAUGGCGCGUGAUUUCCGGAGCGGGGUGGCCUGGUAGGCGCAUGGGGUGUUGGCUGACAAGCCUGGAUUGAAUGAAUGUGCGGGAAAGAGGGCGAUUCUUUGCAGUCAAUGUUGGUGCAGCGAGAUGUUGGAUAUGUUGCUGUUGGAAGGGGUACUGCCGUUGGACCGAUAGGGCUAUCACAACCGUUGGUGAAAGUCCAGUUCAGCCUUGGGUUGGUAUUGAUGGGGUCCAAAGAGAAAGAAGUGAUCCGGACUCUGGCUAGUAAUAUUAAUCGACGCUAAAAUAAAUUGGUCCACCAGUCAGCUUCCAGUGUUAGCGUGUUCUGUGCUCAACCUGC